CCCAACCUUUCGAAUUAAUUCAUUUGCCAUAUAAACAAGUCCCCACAGUUAAAUCACAUUCAAUUCUAUUCGAUCAUGUUCUACCUUGUCCUUGCGUUCUUGAAUACUUGUGAUCUCCUUUUUGUUGCAAGUUGUUUGAGCUCUAGUAUUUAACAGCAACAGGACCCUCAAGAAUCAAUAGUUACGCAUAUCUCGUUUUUUUUCCCGUCAUGGAUAUCCUCUUAAAUAAACGAGGAAAUGCGUGGAUAAUGUCUCAAGUAUUGACAAUCUUUGUAUUGUCAAGGGUCAGCAUUGCAAACAGCGUUCCUGCGAAUUUUAUUCUUGGUGACUCCUUGGUUGAUACUGGAAACAACAACUACAUCGUGUCACUGUCUAAAGCUAACUACAUCCCAAAUGGGAUUGAUUUCGGAAGGCCAACAGGAAGGUACACCAAUGGAAGAACCAUUGCUGAUAUUAUAGGUCAGGAAUUGGGUUUUGAAGAUUUCACUCCUCCUUUCUUGGCUCCUACAACAGUGGGAUCUGUGGUUUUGAGGGGUGUCAAUUAUGCUUCUGGUGGAGGUGGAAUUCUUAAUUACACUGGAAAGAUUUUUGGUGGUCGGAUCAACUUGGAUGCGCAGAUUGAUAACUUCGCAAACACCAGGCAAGACAUAAUUGCAAGCAUUGGUGCUCCUGCAACUCUGAGUCUGCUUAAAAUGUCUCUCUUCGCAGUUGUUAUUGGCUCAAACGAUUUUAUCAACAACUACCUGACACCAGUGGUCUCAGCCGUAGAGCAGAAGGUGGUACCUCCAGAGGUGUUUGUAGAUAUCGUGUUGGCAAGAUUCAGAUUACAACUCACGAGGCUCUACAAUUUGGGUGCUAGAAAGAUUCUUGUGGCAAAUGUCGGUCCAAUUGGGUGUAUACCAUAUCAGAGAGAUACAAAUCCAGCUGCAGGAGACAAUUGUGUUAGUUUUUCCAAUCAGAUAGCCCAGCUAUACAACACAGAGUUAAGAAGCCUUAUCACUGAACUUGGUGCAAAUCUGGAGGGAUCAAAUUUUGUUUACGCAGAUGUUUACCGCAUUGUCAAUGACAUCCUGCACAAUUAUAGAUCAUAUGGAUUUGAGAACGCAAAUGCAUCAUGCUGCUAUGCUGCCGGGCACUUUGGUGGUCUGAUACCAUGUGGGCCUUCUUCAAAAGUUUGCUUCGACAGGUCCAAGUACGUUUUCUGGGAUCCAUACCAUCCUUCUGACGCUGCUAAUGUGAUCAUAGCGAAACGGCUAUUAGAUGGUGACUCCAAAGACAUUUCACCGCUGAACAUUCGCCGGCUCGCUACAAUUUGAAUCAAGUCAAAUGAGAGCAAUUAACCCUCUUCCAGGC